AUGAGAUUAAUAACUAAUACAAAUAUCAUAGUUGAUGAUUUUGAAUUGGCUAAGGAUUAUAAACUAGAUACUUUUAUUCACUUCCUAACACAUUUCCAUUAGGAUCAUUGGUAAGGAAUGACUCCUUUAUGGAAUUAUGGGAAAAUCUAUUGUAGUAAGAUUACAAAGCAGUUCAUCUUAAAUAAGUUUCCAAAGAUUGAAAGAAUAGUUUCAUUAGACAUGAAUCAUAUUUACUAUUUGAAUCUUAAGACAUAAGAUUUGACAGAUAGGAUUGAAAAUGAGUUUACAAUUGAAGUAGCUUUAUUUUCAGCAAAUCAUAUUCCUGGUUCCACGAUGUUUUUAUUUCGUGGAUAUAUGGGAACUAUUCUUCAUACAGGAGAUUUUAGAUAUAAUAAGAGUAUGAUAACAUAGAAUCCCAUUUUAUUCCCUCAAUAUUAAUCAAUCUAAAUUGAUGAACUAAUAUUUGAUAAUACUUAUUGUGAUCCAAUGUUCAAUUUUCCAACUGCUGAUAUUGUUGCAUAAUAAAUGAUUAAAAUCAUUGAAAAUAACAUCAAAAAAAGAGUAUUAAUUGCAAUGGGUGCUUUAGGAAAAGAAGUUAUUGUGAUGGAAAUUUGCAAAUACUUUAAAACUAAAAUUAUUGUGAUUGAAGAAAAGUAUAAUCAAUUAAUCGCUAGUUCCACUGAAAAUAUGAAUUUAUUCACUACAGAUAGAAAAGGUAAUUCAAUAUUUAUAAUUUUAGGAUAUUUUAUUGAAAUAAUAAAGAGAAGUCAUAGAGAAUAAAUAAUUUCGUAGUAUUUGGAAGAAGCAAAGGAGAAUUUCAUUUGUAUAAAUACAGAUUUUUUAAUGUAAAGUCAUAGAGAUCCAGAUGGCAUUAAUUAUAUGGUACCAUAUUCAUUGCAUUCUAAUUAUUAAGAAAUGAGAACCUUUGUUAAUGCUAUUAAACCAGCCAUCUUAAAGGUAAUCUUUCCUCUAUAUUUGUUAUGAAGAAAUUAGUUAUACCAUAUGAAAAUUUUGCUGAAUACAGAAGAAAAGUCAGAAUUAAUCCAGUCAAAGGAUUCCAAGGUUAUUUAAAAAGACUAAAAACAAAUGGUGAAUCUGGUUAUUCCACUCUGAUUAGAGAAUGUACUGAUUUUACUAAGAUAUCUAAGAAUUAUACAAAAUGGAUGACUGAAACUAAAUUUCGUAAAAUUAAUCUUUAAAUAUCAAAGGCGGAUUAAUGGAAUAAUUAGGAGUAUAAUUGGAACCAGAUAGAAAAAAUAGAAAAAGAAAAGUAGAUUAAGUUAUGCCAAAACCUACAAUAAAAUAGUGUAUUAGAGAAUUAGAGAAGUAGUAUAUUUACUCAAAAAAACCAGAAAAAGUAGAAUCAUUAGAGGAUAUUUCAAAUAGAUUAAAAGCAACUAACAACAAUUAAUAAAUUACUAAAUUCUUAAAAAAGCCUUAAUAAAUUGAAGAUGUAGAAUGUAAAAAUGAUGAAGAAGAGAUUUAUAAUAUUAUUUAAGAGUAUUUACAUUUUCAUGAUAAUGAUGCGUGA